GAUUCACGUUGAAGAACGACAUGUUCAAACGUUCUAAGCUUCUGUUUUUGUCUGCCUAGGGAAUCGACAGGACUCCAAUCGGGCGUUUACCAUAUUAUGUGGCUGGUGUACUGGUCGCAAAUGCGUCGUCGUCACGAGACCCUUUCCUGUCAAGGCUCCGAGAACUCUUAUAUCAAUCAUGGACAGCAUUCACGCUUUCAACUUGAAACCACCCAUAAAUCACGCAGGCUGUCCAAGGUCAUCUCCACUCGAACUCCUGGGUAUUCGCCUGGGGUACCCUAUGGUAUCUGACCCGAAGGCUCUGAAGGCUCUCGAGCCCACUACACAAGCUUUUGUUAGCUUUGCAGAGAACAAAGGGAUGAGAUGCGUAUACUGCUGUGUUGACGACAAACUCGAGGAGAUCCUCUCUAGCAUGGGCUGGUCGACAGUCAGCUGUAUCAAUGAAGAUGUCAUUGACCCCGAGCAUUGUCAUGGGUUUGACAAGCGAGACUUCAGAAAAGAGACGCAUCGAUGGUGAAAGACUUGAGGAAGAAUUUUCGGCGGGCUGAGAGGGCUCAUAUUGACGUCACGGAAAUUCGGGAAAACGACUGGUUCGACACAGUGAGGCAAGAGAUCGAAGAUGGUGUGGCUGCAUUGAAGAAGUUUCGCACAGGCCUUCAACGUGCUAAUUUGUUGUACUACGGCUUCAUUUGACUCGUUCCUCGAUUUUGACCGCAGGCAAAAUUGGGGGAGAUGGCGAUGUGAGCAAAUCUGU